CUCAACUCUGACCCCAACCCUCGAGCCUGUUAAAUACUGGGAUUCCCAGCUCUGACGGGUGGCCUUCGUGUCUCCUAUCAUGUCUUCCUCUAUGGUCGACCCAGCUGCCGCCAGAAACGCUGAAGAGGAUGAUCCCAUGCAGGGAUCCGAAAACGAGAGAGGCGCCGCGGGCAGCCCCGCAGGCGGCGCUUCCGACGAUAGCUCAGAAGAGCCCGAAGAGGACGAGGACGAGGAGAGGCGCAUCAGGGAGGGAUUCAUCGUCGAUGAAGACGAAGAUGAAGACGAGGAGGAUGAAGAGGAGGAACGGCGUAGGCGGCGCAAGAGGCGAAAGAAGCACCACCAUCGCUACCGGGAGGAUGAGGAAGCGCUUGAGGAGGACGACCUGGAGCUACUGGAGGAGAACACAGGAGCAUCCUUCUCUCGCAAUCGUCUGACUCGCCUGCGACGUGCCCGAGACUCAGAGUCGCCGCCCGCGCCGUCGUCGUCGAAACGAAAGGCAGUUGUAGAGUCGUCCGAUGACGAUCUUGACAACGACGACUUGGAGCUUCCCCAGGUUCAGGAUAUACAGAACAUCUGGGAUGACGAACGAAACGCAGCUGGAAGGGACGAUGACGACGACAUGGACGACGACAUGGACAAUUUCAUCGAGUAUGAGGACGAAGAGGAAGAGGAAGGGGGAGGCGAUGAGGAAGCUCGAGAAGAGCGGAGGAGAGAAAGACGACGUCAAGAGAAGGCCCGACGAAGAGCCCUAGGCCGAGCCGCUGAACUUGGAGGUAUAGAUGCAAAUACAUGGGAUGAGCUUCAGGAAGUGUUUGGCGACGGCCAUGAGUACGACUGGGCUUUGGCAGAGGACGAAGAGGUUGUGCAUGAGGAGGAGCAAAAGCCGGAGAUGAAGUAUCAAGAUGUCUUCGAGCCUUCAGAGAUCCGUUCGCGCAUGCUGACCGAGGAUGACGACCUCAUACGGGGCACCGAUAUUCCUGAGCGGAUGCAGCUCGCCACUUCGGCAGUAUCAGCUUCAUCCACAAGGUCCCUUCACAACCCGUUGACCGAAAACGACUUAGACGACGCUGCGUCAUGGGUUAUCACGCGGCUCGGUCCUCGUAAAGAACGCGACUUCUUCCGCGGAGACGGUCAAUUCCACCGCUUCUUGCCGGAUCUCGUCCAAGCCAUCACCUGCGCCCUGCGCUUUUUGUUCGUCAACCAAUUCGAGGUGCCUUAUGUGUGGACACACAAGCGAGACUAUAUCUCGUACUUCAAUCCUGCGGAGCUCCAUGCACAGGUUGAACUUCUCAGCUUGGAGGAACUUUGGCGCGUCUACGCCAUCGGGCAAAAGUUUCGUUCGUUGCUGGAGCGGCGCAAUGCCUUGGAUUCAAUGUACGGCCGACUGGGAGCGUCCGACGAGUACUUCGAGAACGAAAUCCGGAAACGGAUAGAUGCAGUUGAGACGGUCGCUGAUGCUACAGAAUGGCUGAGUAUGAAGUAUCGGGAGGACAAGAAGAAUAGGAUCGAACUUCACUUCCACGAUGACGAGGACCAGGUCGACGUCAAGAAGCACAAGACGCCGAGUCGGAUUUCCCAGUACGAGUUGGCCAAGAAAAGCAUCGUGGCCAAGUUGGCGGAGGGAUAUGGCAUUGAGCCGCAUCAAGUGGUCCUGAACUUCAUACACGAGGCCCACACUCACUUCGUUGAGGAUCAUGAACUGAACCCGCAGACCUACGCGGAACAGUUCGCUGACCCCGAUGCGAGCCGGGCGCAGCCAGCUGAAGAACUCUUAGGCCGGGCGCGUAUGAUCCUCGCCACUGAACUCGGCAAGGAUCCUUUGUUGAGACACAAGAUUCGUGAAGCCUUCAAGGCUGGCGCGGUGGUCUCCGUCUCGCCCACCGAGCGUGGUAUUGCGAAGAUUGACGAUCAUCAUCCGUUCUUCAACUUCAAAUAUCUCCUCAACAAACCCGCUGUGGAGAUGUUGCACUCAGCGCAGUUCCUGCAUAUUUCGCAGGCCGAAACCCAGCAUUUGGUGACGGUAUCUAUCAGCUUGCCACCGGAGGCGAAGGCAACAUUUGAACGAGGUCUGAACGACGCCUUCGCCUCGGACAGCUUCAGCGAUAAUGCCCGCGCCUGGAAUGAAGAGCGCUCUCGCGUCGUUCAGGAGGCUCUGGAGCAACACCUCAUCCCCAUUGGUAUUAAGUGGGCUCGCGAGUGGAUACGUGAGGAGGCGGAAGACUUCCUUGCAGAUCAGUGCUCUCAAAUCCUCCGCGAUAGGAUUGAUGUUGCGCCAUAUGUAACGGAUGACAUGACCCCGGGGGAGACGCCGUCUGUCCUUGCUAUGUCGUGGGGUAAGGGCGAGCCGCAUAAAGACCUGAUUCAUCUUGUUUUCAUGGACGAGGCGGGCCGUCUUCGCGAACAUACUAGGUUGGACAAUCUUGUGGAUCAGGAGGCGCGAGACGAAUUCGUUGACAUCUUGAAGAGACGCCGACCACAUGUUAUCGUCCUGGGAGGGUUCAGCAUAGCGACAGCGAAACUCGCACAACGCGUGAAGGAAAUCGUCACGAAACCCAAUGGCGAAACGGGCGAUAUCGGCCAAGACGAGUCGCUCAACAUCGAAGUCAUCUACGUACUCGAUGAGGUUGCUCGCAUGUACCAGAACAGCAGGCGGGCUCAAGAGGAAUUCAGUGCGCUUGCGCCAUUGGCCAGAUAUUGUGUCGGGCUGGCGCGAUACACGCAGAGUCCAUUGAACGAGUAUGCCGCCCUGGGUGCUGAUAUCAAGGCCAUCAUGUUCGACGAAGACAACCAAAACUUGAUUCCUACCGAGAAGCUCCUGUCAGCGCUUGAGAAGGUCCUUGUCGACAUCACGAACAAGGUUGGCGUCGACGUCAACCGCGCUGUCACCGACUCGUAUUACCAGUUCCUCCUUCCAUUCAUCUGCGGGUUGGGCCCACGCAAGGCACAGGUUUUGGUCAAGAAGAUCGCAUCGUUGGGCGGCAACCUUAUCAACCGCAACCAAUUCGUCAAUCAUUCUCUGCUGACAAUGACGAUCUUCCUUAACGCUGCAGGUUUCCUUCGUAUCAUCCAAGAUGCAGAGCCUAAGUCCACGAAAGGCCGUCGAAACGAGGACGUUGAUGUUCCUGAUCCCCUCGACAACACGCGCAUACACCCAGAAGACUACGAGCUUGCCAGAAAAAUGGCCACAGAUGCUCUGGAGCUGGAUGAAGAGGAUAUUCACGACGAACAUCCCUCACAAGUCGUGUCCCUCAUCAUGGAUGACUCCGACGCGGACAAGAAGCUGGACGAACUGAACCUGGAUGACUUCGCCGUCAACAUGUACGAGACGAACCAGGACAAGAAACGACACACGCUCAAUGUCAUUCGCGCCGAGCUCGUGCGGCCAUUUGGGGAGCAGCGCGACAAGUUUGUCCGGCCUACUCCUGCAGAGGUGCUCAUGAUGCUCACGGGGGAGACUAACCGUACACUCCGUGUCGGUCUGAUCGUAUCUGUGCUGGUCGUCCGCGUGAAGCAGAGCUUCGUGGCCGUCCGUCUGGACUCAGGCAUUGAUGGCAUGAUCACAUCGCAGUACAUCGCCGACGACCACAUCUCGGAUGCCUCGACGGUUGUGAAGAAGGGCCAGACGAUUCAGGGCGUCAUCAUCGAUGUAAAGCUCAAUCUCGGGUCAGACUCGUUCUGGGUCGAACUCUCCUCUCGGCCGUCGGAUGUCUCCCAGGGCGACAGCCAGUACCGGCGGGUGAGGCACGAUGAGCGCUGGAAUCAUCAGCAAUACGACCGAGACAUGGAGCUGCAGGCACGGAAGAAGCGUGCAGAGGUGGAUAGGACGCGGAGGGUCAUCAAGCACCCUAACUUCCACAACUUCAACGCGCAGCAGGCAGAGCAGUUCCUCGACCAGCAACAGCGGGGCGAUGUUGUCAUCCGACCGUCCUCAAAAGGCAUCGACCACCUUGCCGUGACGUGGAAGGUGGACGACAAGCUCUUCCAGCACAUUGAUGUCCUUGAACCAAACGCUGACCCUACUGGCCAAACCAUCGGCACAAAGCUCAUUGUGGAUGCGGAGCGCCAAUACUCCGACCUGGACGAAUUGAUCGUCAACCAUGUCCAUUCUAUGGCGCGUAAGGUAGAGGAGCUGAUGGCCCAUGAGAAAUUCAAGCAUGGAUCAGAAGAUGAUCUUCACAUUUUCCUCAAGAAUUAUGUGGCUGCCAACCCCGCGAAGAGCGCGUACGGCUUCACCCUCAACCGGAAACGUCCUGGGCACUUCAAUCUAUGCUUCUUGCCGAACAAAAGCUCCACUGUCCAGACAUGGCCCGUCAGGGUUACGCCUGAGGCGUACUAUCUCUUCGACACCGCGGCCAGUGGCGUUUCUGAAUUAUGUGACGCCUUCAAAAUCCGACACAUCCACGAGUCUGGACGGGGUGGUGGCGGCCUCGGCGGCGGAAAGACGCCUUACGGUGCUGGUCGCACACCUGCACGUACACCUGCUGCGGGGCAUGCAACACCAGGACAUAUGUCGGUGCGCCAGAUGGGCCGAACACCGAACCCCUAUGGGCCUGGAGGACAGGUUCCCGGUACGUCUUCGCUCGGCGGGGCGACGCCUGCUUUCGGCGCUCCUCCACGGACGCCGUAUGGAGGUGGGUUCCAAACACCGAACCCAGCCGGCGUACACCCGGCGCGGGCAGCUCUGAUCCAGCAGGGUGAUGCUGGGGGCGGAGGGGGCUGGGGCCAGUCAGGCUGGUGAUGAUAUUCGGGGAAUAUUUUUGUGCUGCUUGCUCUGUAUCGGUGACAUUUUCCGCGCGCACUCUGCAUCAACAUUGUUACACACCUAUCGCAUUUUGUAUCCUAUUGCAUUGUUAUUUGCUCAUUUUACGCGAG